AUGCCAGCGGCGUAUCCAUUGUUCCUCGUUCUGGCAAUCAAAUUCUUCCAUAUAUCGAACGCGAUAACAUCGCUGCAACCGACGAAUGAAACCAUCGACCGGUCCAAAAGGGAAUUCGAUGCGAAAUACCUGGUCUUUCCUCGAGGAAGCAACGUUCAAUUGGUGUACUGCUUGACUAUGAACAACUAUGCAAAACCAUACGGAUUGUCCACCAUUGGAAUCACCGCUGGCCAAGCAUGGGAGUUGCCCAGCGAGAGUAUGUUGUCACGCAAAGGUCCAGAUGAUUAUCAUCGUCGAAGCAGAAGAGAUCUCUUUCGCAAAAUGCAAUCGCUAUUGAGCACUCAGGGCAAGGACGGAAGGGCCUGCGUUCUCAAGGCAAUCUGCAGGGCUGCCGCCAGAAGUCAAACAGAAAUUGGUAGAGCCACCUUCUUCGAGGAGAUUCUGCACGCUGUGUUCACAUUACCUGGGACUUUCGAGGACACGGACAGAGUGACCGAGUACGAGAGAGCUUAUUUCCGGCGAGAGAAGUGCGACGAAAUGGAAGAUAGGUGUUCAGACGUCUUCUAA